CCUCAUCCCAACUUUGCACCUUCCUUUCUCAACCAUCUGCACCCCUCAAAACGCCAAACGGAGUACGGAGGACGGAGUGCGGCUCCUUCCGGGGUCAAGGAAAUCUUUUGUGAACCUUGAACCUACACAGUCCAACAAUUUAUUUUGAACACGCCUAUCCAACGUCAAAUCUCCCAUCCCCCUUUCAAAUCCUCGCCUCACUCCUCUCCAUACCUUUCAUUUUCUAACACAGAAGUCAUCUAUCCUUACUUCUGAAAACUGAUUAAGAAAUUACCAAAAUGGCCUCACAAACCAGCGCCGUGAACAGUAACAACCUCGUCAUCCCCGUAAUUUCCCCCCUCCACCCCUCCCUAAAUCCUCGCUAACCACAUAACACAGCUCGUCGACUUCUCCAAAUUCCUCACCGGUACCCCAGAAACCCGUCUACAAACCGCCCAAUCCAUCCUCCACGGCUUCAAAACAGCCGGCUUCAUCUACCUAACCAACCACCCCAUCCCCCUCCCCACCGUCUCCAAAACCUUCGACACCUCCUCGCUCUUCUUCAAGCAACCCCAAGCCCAAAAAGACGCUCUGGGCUGGACAACCCCCGAAGCAAACCGGGGCUACGUCUCCCACGGGCGCGAAAAAGUCUCGGUCCUCACCUCGAAAGAAGAGGUCGAAGCUUCCCGCUCCCAAGCUCCCGAUUUAAAGGAGAGUAUAGAGAUUGGACGGGAGGGAGCGGAGGGGACACCGAAUAACUGGCCGGAUGCGACGAAUGACGCCGAGGCGAAGGAGUUCAAGGAUGUGAUGUUGCAUUUCCAUGACGAGUGUAAGAAAUUGCAUAUCGAAGUGAUGCGGGCCAUUGCCGUGGGAAUGGGGUUAGAGGAGAGCUACUUUGACUCGUUUACCGAUGUAGGAGACAAUACACUCCGCCUGCUACACUACCCUGAAGUCGCAAAGGGGGUCUUUCAAGCGAAUAAGUUGCAGGUUCGUGCGGGUGAGCAUACCGACUACGGGAGUAUCACGCUGCUCUUCCAGGACAAUCGGGGAGGCUUGCAGGUUAAAAGCCCGGAUGGGACGUUUGUGGAUGCUACGCCUAUUCCCGGGACGGUGGUAGUUAAUGCGGGUGAUCUGUUGGCGAGAUGGAGUAAUGACACGAUCAAGAGUACGCUCCACCGAGUCGUGGAACCGCCUGCGCCCGAAGAGGAGGAUGUCCAUCCGGCGAGAUAUAGCAUUGCGUAUUUUUGUAAUCCCAACUUUUCGCGGCUGAUUGAGGCGAUUCCGGGGACGUAUGCGUCGGAGGAGGAGAAGAAGUAUGAGGGCAUUAACUCGGGGGAGUAUUUGGUAAGGAGAUUGGCUGCUACUUAUUAA